AGUAACUCUCCUUUGUCAAGCCUCCAUUUCUCAAUCUUUCUGAGAAAACAACAGGAAGUGCAAUAGGAAGUACAAUGUGCAUGUGGCCGUAUUGCAUCGUCAACAGCCUCCACAUGAAUUAAUGUCAUAUACAUGCUGCUGUGGUGCAACCAUGACACGAGCAGCUCUCAUGAAACUCCUGAUCCUCUUGAUCCUCGCCUUCAUCAUCUGCCUCCCAGAAUUCUUCACGCUAUACCGAGUAUCCAGCGUUAGCUUUAUCUGUCAGCCUCAUCGACAUUGUGCACGAGGAGAUGAGAUGAGAAAAAGGGAGGAUGAAAAGGCUGGGGAUGCAAAGGCUAAGAGAAAACCCGUGUGUGACUCCUCUCAGACGCCUGGCAGUGAACGGUGGGAACAGGCCUGUAUCCACGGGAAUCAAAGCAACGUGACAGAUGCUGCUUCAGAUUCCAGAAGUGGCAGCCAAGAUCCUGUCCUAAACUGGUACAUGUGUGAAACUGAUCAAAACAGCACAGGAUUACACAGCAACAUAUCAGCUCUAAAGGAACAUGUGGAAGUCUCAGUGCGACUUCUACUCAGACGAGGUAUUUCAUUCAAUCUCACCUUGUAUGGCCGGAGUAACCACAGUGACCUGUACCUUGUACCAUCUGAAGAUGAAGAGGAAGAGGAGAAACGGGAGGAGGAUGCUUUCUACUGCUGUCUUCCUAUCCCGCCCACUUCAGAAACAGCCAACCACAGCCGAUGCCUCCUUUGGCUUGCCAAUCAAACUGUUUUGGUUGCAACCGGAAAGGAAAAGCUGUCAUGGAAACCGACACAAAAAGGCGAGUGGCGGUGUGCGUUCAGGGUGCUCUGGCUGGUUCUGCUGUGUGUUGUCCUCCUGGCUGUAGCCACCAUUGUGCUGAGACACAUCUACUGCAAACCAAGGAUGCAACCUGUGAGUUACGACUUUGCUGCACAGCUUCUAAAAGUUGGAGAAAAGCGUGCCGAGAUCAGUAACACUGCCAAGGGGAUGAUCCCAGACUCGUUUGUGUACCAUCCCCGGUCAGGACUCGCAACCAUUCAAGAAGUGGUAACUUCAGAUAUUCCUGAAACAUUGCUGCAUGAAAAUGUGGAUCAUCACUGUAACGGUAAACAACUGACUUCAGCUUUUACUACAAAUGUAAUGAAUGAGGCUACUUUUAAGAGCCCAAUCAUUUCCAAACAGUUAUCUUACUCUGGUCCAGGUUUCAUUUAUAGUCUCUGUCUCUCAGAAACAUUUAUAGUAUGAAAUAUUAAGGGAACAAGCUCAUAAAAAAGCAAAUAAAUAAAAUCAACUCCUCUGUGAACCUGUCAGCUCACUGUACUCUGUUUUCAAUUUUCACCUGAAGCUAACCUGCAUCAUCGUGGUCAUCCUUCCACCUCUUCCCUCACAGAGGGCCAGGCCUGGUAACAACUACGUGAAGAAAUAAAAGGCCUGGUAACAACUACUACAGGAAGAAACAGAGAUGAUUUCCUUGCUAAGCAGACAAAAUUAUGGUGAAAAUAAAAAUCAUCAGAGUCUUAACAUGGUGGUUAAAGUGGUUUAUUUUUAACAACUCAACCGCUGACAACUACGGAGCUUUAACAAACAAACAACAUAGAUAUGUUAGAAAAUUAUUCAAAUUACAAAACAUAUAUAUAUAUAUAUAUAUGUGUGUGUGUGUGUGUGUGUGUGUGAAAGACCAGGGUAGAGAAGCAGAAGAGACUCCUUUUCUUCUUCAGAUAUGUAAGUAAUUAUGAGUGAAAUAUAAGUCAGUUUAAUUAUGGACCUUGAAAACUCACAAAAGUGGGAAAUAGUUCUAAUAUGAAAUCCAAAAAGUGCCUGAAGAAUUAAGAAGGGUGUUACAGCAGUAUGCAAAGCUAUGGUUACCCAUGGGCAAAAUUUCAUAGUUUUUGUGACAAUUUUUUUUAAAAGCCUUCUGGAUAGUUUUUUUUUUUUUUUUUAAACACACGCACAUACAUAUAUAUAUACAUAUAUAUAUACACAUAUAUAUAUACAUAUAUAUACAUAUAUAUAUACAUAUAUCAUCCUCUGCAGUAUCUUCUAAAUCAAAAUGAUGAUCUAAUAAUUUCUCCAAGGUUCUCCAAAUUUUGCAUACAGUUGAACAAACCUGUAAACUAAAGUAUGAUUAAUUUAAAUAAAACCUAAAAUAUAUGCUAAUGCUUUGUUCAGGACACACAAUUACAGAGCAUUUAAUAUCAUCUUACCGCACAGUACAAUUUAAUGUUUAAGUUAAAAAAAA